CGCUGAGUAAAGGGAAAUCCCCCUAAGGUGAGUAAUUCCCCCAGCAGAGGCGAAUAAAAAGCCCGCCAUCGGUCUACUUCGGACAGUGCGAAGACAACAGUCGGAGGGACCACGAACCACAAAUCCCACAAAAUGGCGGUGAAGAGCAGCUCGCACAUUUUCCUGGCCGUGUGCUUCUGCCUCGCCCUGACGGCGCAGCAGGCGAUGUCCCACGGCUACGGCUACGGCAGGUGGGGCCGCAGGCAACCGAGCUACCACAAGCCGUACGGUGGAUACGGCGGGAGCUACGGCAGUCGCGGUGGAAGUUACGGGAGCCAUGGUGGCAGCUAUGGCAGUUAUGGCAGUCACGGCAGCUAUGGCAGUCACGGCAGCUAUGGCGGUCACGGCAGCUAUGGCAGUCAUGGCAGUUAUGGCAGUCACGGCAGCUAUGGCAGUCACAGCAGCCAGAGUUAUGGAAGCCGAGGAAGCGGGUACACAAGCUACGGAAACCUCCUGGGCCGCCCUGUUACCGUUUCUUCGGGAACACACAAUGACGUCCGACCAGGAAGUCAUUUUCAAGGCAGCGGAAGUGGAAUGGGAAGUGGACUCUCCCCAGUCCAGGGAGUAAGCGGACUCUCCCCAGUCCAGGGAGUAAGUGGACUCUCCCCAGUCCAGGGAGUAAGUGGACUCUCCCCAGUCCAGGGAGUAAGUGGACUCUCCCCAGUCCAGGGAGUAAGUGGACUCUCCCCAGUCCAGGGAGUAAGUGGAGUAGGUGUCCAGGGAAUUAACGGAGUUGCCCCCAUGCAAGGCAGCGGCGAAGUGAGCCAUAUUCACUUGGUGGACGAGAACGCGGGAGUGUCAGGCCCGGUUGAGCCCACCUUCAUCAGCGCAGGCGGACAGGAGGGCCUGAGUGACCUUCUCGUGGGAGGAGCCGGCGGGAGUGGGGUCGACGUGACCCAGGUUGAUCUGAGGAACAGACGGAGGGAAGGGAAAUAGAGGUCAUGUUAGGUUACGUUACGCAAGAAAAGGCUAAUUCUAAGGAACAUGUUUCAUAAAUAAAAGAAAGAAUUACGGAA